GCUUUUCGUCAUGCCGGAUUACAAGAGGCUCGAGAGCCAGGAGUCCGAUGUGGAAGGUGGCCGGGCCAAUGGACAGGGACAGGGACAGGCUACUGCCCAGGACACCCAGGAGAGACAGGGGCCGGCGGAGAAUCAGCAGGCAGCCCAAAUGGUGACGGUGUCCUUGCUCAUGCUCCUUUUCCUCGGCAGCUCCUACUUCCAGCCACGACCACGCCUCCAUCAGUACCGUGGCCCUGGAGGCCAUGGACUGCGGGACAAAUUCGACUGCAACAUUCAGCUGGUGGAGUCCAUACCCAUCGGCCUGACAUAUCCCGAGGGCAGCCCGAAAUUCCUAAGCACCUACGAGGCCUGGCAGCAGCUUUUGGACAGCGCCAAGACAUCACUGGACAUAGCUUCCUUCUACUGGACCCUCAGGGCCGAGGACACGCCCGGUGUGGUGGAUAACAGCACGCAGCCGGGAGAGGAUAUCUUCGCCAGGCUCCUGGCGAACGGGAAUGGCGGCAGCCUGUCGCCCAGGAUCAAGAUUCGCAUUGCUCAGAGCGAACCGUCCAGUGUGUCGCCCGAUUCGAACACCAAGUUGCUGGCCAGCGCUGGAGCUGCCGAGGUGGUGACCCUCUCCUUUCCAAAGUACUUUGGCAGCGGAGUGCUCCACACCAAACUGUGGGUGGUGGACGAGGAGCACUUCUAUCUGGGCAGCGCCAACAUGGACUGGCGGGCUCUUACCCAAGUCAAGGAGAUGGGCGUGCUCGUCCAGAACUGUCGUCCACUCGCAAUCGACGUGGCAAAGAUCUUUGAAGAGUACUGGUACCUGGGUAACAGCGAAAGUUCGAAAAUACCGGAUUGGGACUAUUCCAAAUACGCCACAUACUACAAUUUGAAGAAUCCCAUGUCGCUGAAUGUAAACAAGAACAUUACUAUGGAAGGCUUUCUAUCCAGCGCACCACCACCUCUUUCGGCUUCUGGACGUACCGAUGACCUGGACGCCAUCCUCAGCACUAUAAACUCAGCCAUAACUUACGUAAAUAUUGCGGUUAUGGACUACUAUCCGCUGAUUAUCUACGAAAAGAACCACCAUUAUUGGCCAUUAAUUGACGAUGCACUGCGGCGGGCAGCUGUUGAGCGUGGCGUGGCAGUGAAGCUCCUUAUCUCCUGGUGGAAGCACUCCAAUCCCAGCGAGGACAAGUACCUCAAGUCUCUCCAGGACCUGGCUUCCAAAAAAGACAAUAUUGAUAUACAAAUUCGUCGGUUUACUGUGCCCGCGGACCAAAGCCAGGAAAAGAUUCCCUUCGGUCGGGUGAAUCACAACAAGUAUAUGGUCACCGAUCGAGUGGCUUACAUAGGUACCUCCAACUGGAGUGGCGACUACUUCACGGACACCGCCGGCAUUGGCCUCACCCUACGCGAAACCCACGAGACGGAGAGCACCAAUACCCUGAGAAGCGACUUGCGCAACGUAUUCGAGCGGGACUGGAAUAGCAAAUACGCCAGCCCCUUACAAUAAUCGCGCCAUGUCGUUAUUUUAUUCCAUUCAUUUUAAUCCGAUCCCAAAUGUUAUUCAAAGUAUUCAAGAACUCAACAAGUUGUUCAAUCCUAUUCAUUGCUUUUAUUCAGUUUUUGAUUAUGCGUGAGGGUAAAUAAAAGGCUCGUUUUACGGCCAUAACAGAAAAUACAAAA